AUGGAAUUUGCUGCCAAGGUGAAGAUCACCAACAGGGUGUACCAAAAGGAAUACGACGACACAAACUCGACACCGUUUAAAGAUCUGGAGAAAGAAUUUAAGGAGGAGAUGGGGCAAAUUUACAAGAAUGUGGACGGAUACCGCGAUGUGAAGAUAGUGAGUGUGAUCAAUGGCAGCAUCGACGUGAACUUCACAAUCAUCAUGGAAAUCAAUAUGCCAAACAACGUCAGUGCUAUCGAUAGAGAGGUCGGCAACCGGACAAAGGAGUUUGUGAAGCAACUGGAACAUGCCAGCGCAAGGGACUGUACCCAGCAGCCGCAAGAAAUUUUUCGGCAGAAGCACUCCCGCAACCAGCGCCACACGUCGUCAGCCACCACGGCCACCACGUCGUCGGGCCACCACGGCCACACUCCCGCAAGCAGCGCCACCACGUCGUCGGCCACCACGGCCCACCACUCCCGCAACCAGCGCCACCACGUCCGCCACCACGUCGUCGGCCACAACGGCCAGCACUCCCGCAAGCAGCGCCACCACAUCGUCGGCCACCACAGCCAGCACUCCCGCAACCACCACCACCACCUCACCGAUCACGACUACCACCACUCCCACAACCACAACCACCACCUUACCGGCCACUACUACCACCACUCCCACAACCACAACCACCACCUCACCGAGAAGCCUUCCUUUUCUCUGGCAAGCUUCUACGAGGUUUCUGAAACGUGUGAAAAUGGGGGGACACACGAUGGCAUCAAAUGUUUGUGCCUUAGCAAUUUCUAUGGGCCGAAGUGUGAGUUCCCAGUUGAAGACAUACCUUUAGAAGUGGAAAGCGUGCCCGUGACAGUUGAAGUCCAGGUGAAAAUCACCAACAGGGAGUUCGAGCCAGAGCUCGAGAACCAAGACUCAGAAGCGUAUAAGAACUUGGAAGAGGAAUUUAAGACGCAGAUGGACCAUGUUUAUAAGGACGUCUCUGGAUACGAAAGUGUGGUGAUCUUAAGGCUGCGGAAAGGAAGCAUCAUCGUGGACCACGAAGUCAUCUUCAAAGCUGUAAUAAACAACAAUGUGAACAUCAUUGACAAAACUGUCCAGGACUUGACCGAGGCCGUGCAGAAACAGCUGACUACCAUCAACACCACUCAGGAGGAAUGCAAAACGGGGAACUCAUCAUUUUGCUUUUCAGCUCCACCUGACCCUAUUCUGGGCGCAAGCGCAAAUUUUUCAGCUGAAGCCGCUUGCAGAAAAGACAUCGAUCCCAGAUAUGCAGACUACUAUUACCCCGAUAACUCAACAGGCACGCUGCGCUGCAUCUCCGACUGCACCAGGAGCACCAAAAACACCAUGAACUGCAACAAUGGCAUGUGUCGCAUAUCUGAAAGAGGCCCUUACUGCAAGUGCAAUGAUGUGGAGUCCUUUUGGUACAUGGAUGAUCGCUGCCAAUCACGGAUCCAAAAGAGCGAUGUUGGCUUUGGGGUUGGGCUAGCUGUCCUCAUUGUGAUCAGCACCGUCCUGGCGAUAUUCCUCUUCAGAGCCAGACAGAGGAAAUCUCAUUCUAGCUUCUCCGAUGAUGCUGAGGCCUGGUAUGAGGACGAUGAGGAAGAAUGGAGGCCCCCAGGAGGCCUGAGCAUCGUGAAUGAAGGCGCUGCCUAUGAAGAAUGCCAAGACAGAAGCAAGAGUUUCCAGGUCUCUCUGGACUCGGUUGACACAACGGCACAGAUGCAGUUCCAAAAACCAACAGCACUGACCAACUGUUGAUCCCACCCUGGAACGCAUCCUGGAAAUUCCCCUCUGGUUCCUG